CAACCUAACUAUAAACGGAAAAGAAGAGGACGGUACAAAUUAGCGAAUAUUUGAAGCACCCAAGGAUUUGAAGAUGGCAAGUCCACAAACAACCGAACAGCCCCCACCGCAUAUUGACCCAACACAAGCACCGAUCGCUUUUGGUAAGUUGGCGCUUUCUAAGCUGCUUGUGGAGCUGCAGGACGAUGAGCUGUUUACCCGUCAGAAGGCACUUACUGCACUAUGUGACCUUCUUCAUGAUCAUGAGAGGGCAUAUGAAGCCAUUUUCAGUGAGUGCUUGGAAAGACUUAAAGUUUUGCUGCAAGAUGAGGAUAGCUUAAUCAGGGUCAAAACUACUGAAGUGCUUUAUGUGCUUGCUUCACACAGUAUGGGAAGAGAUGCCUUUUUGAAUUUUGACAUUGUGGGCCCCCUUGCAAACCUGUUAGAUGACCCUGAGAUUGCCUGUCGUGAAAAUGUGCAUCGAGCACUCAACAGAAUUGCUGAAUUUCCCUUAGGAGCCGUAUUUAUGGUGAAUAAGGGUGUUGUGCCCAGAUUGGUUUCGAAGAUCUCAAUUGAAGAAGAAAACAUUCGUACUUUAGUUCUGUCCACGUUAAGCUGCUGCCUGAGUGUGAAUGCAAUACCUGCACUGGAGAGUGAUGUGAUUCAGGUCCUGAGAGAUCAACUAUCUCACUCUUCUCCUGUCAUCCGCAAGGAGGCUGCAUCUGCCUUAAUGGCAAUCAGUGUUCCAACAGUUGGGAAGAUAAAGGUGUGUGAGGAGAAUCUUUUACCCAUAUUGGUAAAACUAUUGUCAGAUGAUGACCAAGGAGUUGUCGCAAAUGCUGCAGGGACCAUUAUGAACACAGCUAUUAUCACAAAGGGUAAAUCCGAGGCAUUGGAUGCAGAUGCCUUAAUCCCUCUGCUACAGCUAGUGUUGAGUGAGAAUACAACAGUGUGUGCUAAUGCCCUCCGUGCCCUUACAGUCCUGGCAGAAGUUCCCAGUGCCCGAGCACAUCUACGGCUGCAUGUACCUCUGCUGAAGACCAAACUCUCAGAUCCUAAUCACAUCCUUCAAGAAGCUGCCUCCACUACCAUUGAAGUAAUUUCCUGGCAGCCAUGAGGAAAAAAAGCCUUUUGUGCACUAAUAUAAGCAAGACCUGGUGUUAUAUGUUAAAAUAAAAGUAAAGAUUACCUACAUAAUUUAAAAACAUGUCA